AUGCGACAAGUUUUGGAGCUUUUCAUCUACCAAGGCUAUCGUGGCAAGUCUUCCGUGGUUGUAGAGGCCUCUGGGGUCUGUACUGGAGCUUUGGCUGCUAUCCUGGCCUCCGCAUUCACGUCGUAUGAUUCUGCAGAGUUUGUCAGCGCUGCAGUCAGCGGUUUCAGAGUGUCCUUCUGGAUUGGACUUCGAGCUUCUCUUCACUGCAGGGCAGUCAUGGGGCCUGACUGGGAAGCGAACUCUUGUGUUUUAAGCAUCUUCAAAACGCGAAACCCGCAGGUUGAAAACUGCUUGUCCGAGCUCAACUCGACUCUUGACGCAUCGGACAUGCCGCUGAGACUCUCUGCAAUCUUUGAUGAAGAUUCAGUAUCAGUGACUGGACCAGGACGCAGCCUGGAGACGCUCAAGUCCACCAUAGCUUCACUUCCAGAGCCGGGCACAUGUCGUUGGGCGCACGUGCACGGCUUUUAUCACGGCGGUGAUAACAUGAAGCUGGUAUCAGAUCAAGUCAAGAAUGACAUCCACGGCAUCGAGUUCCCCGACUGGUCUGUACUCCAUGCUUCGCUGAGAUCCACGGCCACAGGGCAAAAAUUCCAAGCAAACGACAAGAGUGUAUCACUGCUCAGAAUGGCUGUUGAAAACAUCUUUUGCGACUCUGUUAACUGGAAGCUCACCUGGGAGACAGCUACGGCGGACUAUGCCGAGAAAAUCCGCCAUGACACGAAUGCUACAAUUCGAGUCAUCGGAAUAGGGCCCUCUGCCAAGUCUUUGCUGGGCGUAAACAAGGAUAAGAUCCGUGAUACUGGAAUACAAGUCAUCGGGCAUUUGUCAGAGGAGAUAGACAUGUUUGUGGGCGAUGACAUUGCCAUUGUCGGUGUAUCUGCCAACUUUCCUGGAGAAAAGGGGCUUGAUGGGUUCUGGAAUACCAUCAACAACGCCCGAAGUUGCGCUACCGAGAUCCCAGGCUCUAGGUUCAAGGUCUCCGACUAUCACCAGCCCAAUAGCGGAAGCCUCGAUAGUCCCCGACAGAUGGGUUCCAAGCACGGCAACUUCCUCGACAAUCCUUUCACCUUCGACACGGAGUAUUUCAACAUAUCUCCAAGAGAGGCCAAGUCUAUGGACCCGCAGCAGCGUCUCCUGCUGCAUGCUGCUGUUGAAGCCCUAGAUGAUGCUGGAUAUUCGCCUGGAGCUACCCCCAGUUUCCAGCAAGCCUCCUUUGGGGUUUACGUUGGCGCAGCUACAGGUGACUAUGUCGACAAUCUUAGAGAUGAAAUCGACGUCUACUACAGCCCAGGAACGUUACGAGCAUUUAUGAGCGGUCGCAUCUCAGCUCACUUUUUGAGCCCCACCGGCCAGUGUAAGCCCUUCGACGCUGAGGCAGACGGUUAUUGCCGAGCAGAAGGUUGUGCUUUGGUCGUUCUUAAGAAACUAUCUCAAGCCCGGGCAGAAGGAGAUCAAGUCUAUGGCAUCAUUCGAAGCAUCGGCGUCAACCAGUGCGGAACUGCGAAGUCCAUAACGCACCCAGAUUACAAAACGCAGGCUGAGCUCUUCUCGCAAACUCUCCAUCGAAGUAGGCUGAGCUCCGCAAGCAUCGACGUCGUUGAAGCGCAUGGUACAGGCACACAAGCUGGCGACUUUGCCGAGGUGUCAAGUUUAUCCUCCGUUUUCAAAGGACGUCCAGCAGACAAUCCGCUGCAUCUGGGUUCUGUCAAGGGAAACAUCGGCCACGUCGAGGCCGCGUCAGGCAUCGCUGGCCUCAUCAAGCUUCUCCUUAUGAUGAAGCAUGAAACUAUUCCUGGACAGGGAUCCUUCCAGACUUUGAAUCCCAGACUGACUCCCCUAGCCAACGAGCACAAUUUUGUAGUCCCAAACAGCCCCCGCAAGUGGACAAGGACCAAGGGUCACCCUAGACGAGCGCUCCUUAACAAUUUCGGCGCUGCUGGUUCAAACGCCGCCUUAAUUCUUGAGGAAGCCCCUCGCGAAGUCUCGUCCACCAGGAUACAGACAACGGCUGCGUCCCCGCAACGAAUUGUUUCAAAACCGUCGAAAACAGUGUUCGUAUUCGCAGGUCAAGGCGGUGCCCACGAAGGCAUGAGUGCCGAGCUUCUGCGCACAUCUUCAGUCUUUCGGAAUGCCGUACGGGAAUGUGAUACCAUCUUGCGGCGGCAUGAAUUUCCAACAGUCGAAUCCUACCUGGACCCGACACCUUCUGCAUUCAGCCAUGGUUCUUUGCACGAAAGGGAUGGUAUCAUCUUGGUCCAGUGCGCAUGCUUCGUAUUGCAGUAUGCGUUGACACAGCUCCUGCGGAGCUUUGGGUUGACCCCCGACCUAGUUUUGGGUCAUAGUAUUGGAGAGUAUGCCGCACUCGUCACUGCAGAGGUCCUUGGGCUAAAAGAUGCCUUGCUGUUUGUUGCUCGGAGAGCAGAACUGAUGGUAAACCACUGCGAGGCAGGGGAGUCUGGCAUGCUGGCAUGUCGAAUGUCUCCUCCGGAUGCCUCACGAUUUCUUGAUAAAAGAUUCGCUGCAUCGACUGACGACUUAGUCGUGGCAUGCCGCAACAGCCCAGAGGACUGCGUUAUUGCCGGUCCCACCGCACGCCUCGUUCAAGUUUCUGAGGUGUUAAAGGCCGAAGGUGUUAAAAACAAGCUGCUGAAUGUUUCCUAUGGGUUCCAUUCACCAGUCAUGAAUGCGAUAACGCCCAGUCUGAGGAAUGUUGCCUCAUCCAUGGCCAUCUGCCGGCCAAGCAUACAGGUUGGCUCCAGCGUUCUCGGACAGCUGAUACAAGGACACGAGAUCCUUAAACCUGACUAUUUUGUCAACCAGACAAGCCAGCCAGUCUUGUUCAUGGAGCUUCUGGCAGAUAUUCAGUCCAACAAUUCACAAACGACUCUGCAGGUGAUCGAAAUUGGACCAUCGACAUCAACAAGUUCCAUGUUGAAGUCUUCUUUCACGCAAAUUCCAUAUUCGUACUCGCCAUCACUGCGACCAUCCGAGUCCCCUUGGAAAACGAUCACAUCCGCACUUCAAGGCCUUUACCAGUCAGGGCGAGACCUCAACUGGAAUGCAGUUUUCAGAGACGAGUCACCACGCUUUUUGAAGGAGGUACCGUGCCAGGUUCUCGAUGGCAAAGAGUAUGUGGUUCGAUAUCAUGAGCCAAUGUCCACAAACAAGCCUGCUAAGGACGUGGAUUCCGACUUGUCCUCAAUUGGCUUCGAAUUGUUGGCCUCAUCUACCAUGACCGCUCUCAAAGAUGGGUCAAGCAUUUUCCAUGUUCCGAUUGCUAGGUUCUCGAAACUCAUCGAGGCACAUGCUGUUGGCGGCGUCCCGCUCUGCCCAGCAUCUGUCUACCUCGAACUGGCCUUAGAGGCGCUUUCAGUGACCAAUACCACCUUCAACAUCCCGAGAUGGUACUCAGUUCAUGAUGUCUGCUUCGAACACCCUUUGGUGUUCUCAAAGGUAAGGUCAGACGUUGUGGAAGUUAACGUACAGUCGAUCGGGCAAAUCGCUUCACUUGGAUCAUCCCGUUUCUCCAUUUUGAAUCGCGACCAUGGCCACCUCAACUGUUCCGGUUCCAUCUCCCCCAUGGCUGAGCAGGUCAUCGAAGAGCUCUUCAUGUUGAAGAGUGCGUACGUCAGGAAGCAAAAGGCCAUUUUAUUCCAGCUCGCAACUUCCAAUACCCUGGAGACGUUUUCUGCUCGAACAAUCUACGAUGUCAUCUUUCCUCGCGUUGUAUCAUAUUCGGAGCCAUUUCGGACCCUUAAACAUCUUACAAUCAGCUCCUUUGGUUUGGAAGGCUACGGCACGUUCCAGCUCCCCGAUACUCCGCAGUCUGGCAAAUUCGUCUCCCCACCCCCGUUCGUGGACACCUUGCUCCAUGCAGCCGGGUUUAUUGCGAACGCCAGAACGGAUGUCAAAACAGCAUGUAUAUGUGUGAGCCUCGGCCGCAUCGUGCUUCCGGACAUGUCGAAACUUCAACCAGGUGGCCAAUUGGACAUCUACUGCAGCCUACUCGACGUGGGCGACAGCAUUCUAGCAGAUGCAUAUGUUCUCGAUCAAAACGGCCAUAUUGUUUCAUUUGCGGAAGGAAUGCGCUUCAAGAAGAUCCGCCUCAGCUCUUUUCAAGCUGUCUUGUCCCGCGCAACGCAAACAGAAGGCAAAAAUGGAACCGAGUCGUUGCUCAAGCAGGUUGAGGGACUGCUUAGGAAUCCGAAGCCACAAAACAGCUCACGGUUGCAGGUAGAGGUACCCCCGACGCCGUCUGAAUCUAUGGCAGAGGUCGUGAAACACAUGAUUCAGUCUGUGUGCGGCGUCUCUUUGCAUUCAUCUUCUAGUCGAACGUUGACCGAGCUGGGUAUUGACAGCUUACUAUUUAUUGAGCUGUCACAGGCCAUUGCGUCGCGUUUCCCAAAUCUCGUUGUGUCAACGGGCGAGAUAGAGAGAUGCCAGACUGUGAACGACCUGAUUCAGCUACUGGCCAAGGCUCAAGGACAUGAUGAUGUUUCCAUGGCUCUGCCACCCUCAGUAUUAUCUGGUCGGCUGGUGCCUGAGGGCAACAACCUGCCCUCACCACCAACAGAGCCUGUGGGAACCGAUGUUGCGUCCAAAGUUCGGGAUCUGUUCAUGGAUAUAUGUGGGAGGUCCAUCACCGCUGACGACAAGGACGCAAGUCUUGCUUCCCUUGGGGUGGACUCCUUGCUCUCCAUCGAGCUCGUUCACGAACUCCGCCAUCGAUUCAGGUUGGAUCUUGAGGCGCUACAGUCCACCAUCUCAAAUAUGAGCAUCAACAACAUUGAGGCUCUCUACACUGCCAACAUUGCAUCUUCGAGUAAUAAUUUCCAACAUUCUGGCGAAAUCCUUGUGUCUUUACCUGGCCAGUCCUGCGACCUCGCCGAGCCAGAACUGCUCCUCCGAGAGGCAAACGAUGAACGAGGUGCCACCGACUUCUUCUCACAUCUCAUCCCAUCAACCUUCCCUCAGAUUUUGCAAACCAGCAACUCCGACAUAGCACCCUAUAAGCCAUCUCUCUACUUGUUUCACGAUGGCAGCGGAUUAUCGAGCAUGUAUACUCGCGUGAAGCCCCUUGGACGGUCUGUGCGAGGCAUCUUCAGUCCCGAUAUCCCUGCCAUUGACCCUACGAUUCAGUCCAUGCAAGAGCUGGCAUCCCGAUACAUUAUGCAAGCAAAUUUGAUGUCUGAGAAGAGACCAAUUCUCUGUGGCUGGUCGUUCGGUGGCGUGCUCGCGCUUGAGGUCUCCCACCAACUACAACAGCGUGGAAACUCGCCAAGAGGCAUUAUUCUCAUCGAUUCUCCCUUGCCAGUUGAGCAUGAGUCCCUGCCAGGGGAGAUCAUUUCCCGUGUCGUCAGGAAACUUCCGAGCCUGCACGAAUCAGAGGCCGCAGCAAAAGUGCGAUCUUGCGUCGAGGCCCAAUUCCGUCGUCAUGCAGGUCUUUUGGAGAGAUACAGCCCUCUACCUCUUAGAGGUGAUGUUCCUUGCGUUUCAAUUGUCUGCAAGAAGACAAUCGAUACCCGAGCGCUUUGCGGCGUUUCGUACCCCUGGCUCUCCGACGUUGGCUUUCGAGCCGCGCAAUUAAAAGGCUGGGAGAGACUCCUUGGCCGGGAAAUCCCUGUUUUAGAGAUUGACUGCAACCAUUUUGAGGUGUUUGACGCGCGGAAUAUUGAUGAGAUCUCCUUACGACUAGAGAAAGCGUGUGCGAUACUGGACGGAGUUGAAGAAUAG